AUGAUACAAACAGAAUAUUUUAUAACAAGACUUAAGCCUAGAGUAAAGAGCAUAAUACGCAACUGUAAGAUUUGCAUAAUACAAAGACAAAAGCCCUGUUCCCAAAUUAUGGCUCCCUUACCACCUGAACGGUGUACUUUAUCGCCACCAUUUCAAUCAACAGGCGUUGACUUCGCUGGGCCAUUUGAGCUCAAGGUCUCUCCCUUACGCAAUUCUACUUAUGUUAAAGGAUACGUCUGCGUUUUUGUGUGCUUCAGUGUAAGAGCUGUUCACUUAGAAGCCUGCUCUGAUCUAAGUACGGCGGCGUUUCAAGCCGCAUUCGCUCGAUUCGUCGGGAGGCGGGGCCUCCCCCAAAGGGUUACAUCAGACAACGGAAAGAACUUUCUUGGGGCAAGUAGAGCUCUUGAACGCGAAUUCGUAACAUUUCUCAGAAACUCAGCUCAAGAUAUCUCCCAAAAAUAUGUAGCCCACGGGUUUGAAUGGAAAUUUAUACCUCCUGACGCUCCUCAUAUGGGCGGCUUAUGGGAAGCCGCUGUAAAGAGCUUUAAGUUUCAUUUUAAGCGGGUAGCAGGCGCCCAGAAAUUCAACUUUGAGGAAUUCUCUACCAUACUGGCGCGAAUUGAAGCUGUCCUCAACUCUCGCCCAAUCUCUGCCCUAUCAGAAGAUCCAUCUGACUUAACAGCACUAACUCCAGGACAUUUUCUAAGAGGGGCUCCUUUAAUGGCCUUUCCCGAGCAAACUUAUGAAAAUAUCUCUGUCGUAAACAGAUGGGAAAAGUUAAAAGCCAUCCAUCACCAGUUCUCCAUACGAUGGAAGGAGGAAUAUUUAAAAUCCUUACAUAAACGCUAUAAGUGGAAAAACUCUGCUCCAAACCGUCAGGUAGGCGACCUCGUAGUCGUAAUGGACGACUUAUUACCACCUCAUGAGUGGCGUCUAGGUAGGAUUGGAAAAAUCUUCCAUGGUACAGAUAAAAAUGCUCGUAUUGCGGAGAUACGCACAUCUUCUGGAGUAGUAACUAGACCCAUAGUAAAGUUAUGCUAUCUACAAUUUUUAAGCAACUAG